UGUUUGAGAGAUGGCGGAACCCGGGAGACGGAGCCCGAGGUCCCGCGGUGGCAGGGUCGGCGCUCGAAGAGCCGGGGUCGCCCGUGGCCGGUGUCCUCGCGCCCCGCAGGCUCCAUCUCGGCUCAUUCCAGACACAGUGCUUGUGGACUUGGUCAGUGACAGCGACGAGGAGAACCAGGGAGUCGUCACGGACCCUGUGGAAAUGCCGGCCGCCCAGUCCCCGGCGCCGGCCGCUCAGUCCCCGGCGCCGGCCGCUCCUGGCCAGGAUAGCGACAGUAACAGUGAAGGGGAGAACGAGGGGCCUGCAGGAGCCCCUCGUCCCUUGGUCCGGCGGCGGCGGCGGCGGCGGCUGCUGGAUCCGGGCGAAGCGCCGGUGGUUCCUGUAUACUCCGGGAAGGUACAAAGCAGCCUCAACCUCAUCCCAGAUAAUUCAUCCCUCUUGAAACUUUGCCUCUCAGAGCCUGAGGAUGAGGCAGAUGUGACCAAGUCUGGCAAUCCUCCCCCUGAUGCCCUACUUCCAGGUUCUCCUUGGAAGAAGAAGCUGAGGAGUAACCCUGAGAAAGAAGAGACAAUGGAGGCCCUUCCGGACCAAGAUGUCUCUCCUUUGCCCUGGCCUUCACCAAGGAACAAAAGCAGAAAGCAUUCGGAGGCACUCAAGAAGUUGAGGGAAGUAAAUAAGCGCCUCCAAGACCUGCGGUCCUGCCUAAGCCCCAACCAGCACCAGAGUCCGGCCCUUCAGAGCCUAGAUGAUGAGGUGGUCCUAGUGGAGGAACCUGCCUUGUCACAGAGCCCGCGACUUUUCACCCUCAAGAUCCGGUGCCGAGCUGACCUAGUCAGAUUGCCUGUCAUGACGUCGGAACCCCUUCAGAAUGUGGUGGAUUACAUGGCAAAUCACCUUGGGGUGUCUCCAAGCAGGAUUCUUUUACUUUUUGGAGAGACAGAAUUGUCCCCUACUGCCACCCCUAAGGCCCUAAAACUGGGAGUGGCUGACAUCAUUGAUUGUGUGGUGCUGACCAGUUCUUCAGAGGCCACAGAGACAUCCCAGCAGCUCCAGCUCCGGGUGCAGGGGAAGGAGAAACACCAGAUGUUGGAGAUCUCACUAUCUCCUGAUUCUCCUCUUAAGGUCCUCAUGUCACACUACGAGGAGACCAUGGGACUCUCUGGACACAAGCUCUCCUUCUUCUUUGAUGGAACAAAGCUUUCGGGCAAGGAGCUGCCAGCUGAUCUGGGCAUGGAAUCUGGGGAUCUCAUUGAAGUUUGGGGCUGAAGCUUCCUCCUCCUGUUUGGAUGUAGAGCCAAGACUUGGGGACAACAGCUCCCACUUUUAUUAUUACUUUUUGCCCCACAAGGGCUAACAGAAACUGAGUUAGAACUCAUUUAUUUAUUUAUUUCCAGCACUGGGGAUUGAACCCUGGACUGUGCAUAUGCUAAGGAUGUUUCUGUGAAGUGGAGGUAAAACCAAGGCAUGACCUUUGACCUGUCUCUUGUUACCAUAGUCUCCAGCAGUUGGCUGAUUGUUACUUGUGUGACUGUCUGCCCCGGCCGCCUGUGCUGUGUAUGUGUUUGUGCUAUAUCUGGCAGUCCCUGGGGUACAAAAAGGGGUCUUGGCUCCCCACCAUUUCACGUUCAUUAGUGUACUUCAUCACACAUCUGCGCUGUGAAACUUGGCUCCCUACCAUUUCACGUUCAUUAGUGUACUUCAUCACACAUCUGCGCUGUGAAACUUGGCAUAUAUUGGGUUUGUUGAGCUAAAUGGGCAUUGCAUUUGGGUGUCCGACUUGGGAUUUAGGCCACACUGGGGGACCAACAGUGAUUUUAAUUUCUAUUUGAAAGCUGAGAAUGCACGUACAUUCCCUGGUGGGGAUCCUUGGUUGCAGGAAAAUAAGUAGGUGAUGGGCAGCAUAGAUGCUGAAGCUGAGAACUAGGUAGAUGAGUGUAAUUUUUAAAGGUUAACAAUAGUGGUGUCUUCAGCCCUGGGCAUCCAGUUUUCCAGGAUUAGCCAAUGUCUGCUACACACUUUCUGGCCUGUACAUCUAGCCACAUGUGAGCACACACUGUUGUUGAGUACGAGGUCUUCUCUAGUUUUCGAUCCUCUCGACCACUCUGUAUAUUUGUGUCUUUGAAUGUGAAUGUCUUUAUAAGAUAAAUUUCUAAAUGAGUGCGAUUUUAGUAUAUAUACACGGUAUUGUGCAAUAGACAUUCUGUCUUCACUCAGUAUGAGUGACAGUUUAGCCAUGUUAGCGCUUUGUAGAUCUGUUGUUGCUAUGCUCUGCUGUGGGUGCCCCUGAGGGGCGUUAGAUGAUUUUACUCACACAUUGCCUUAAGUGGGAGGAUGCCUGAGUCUCCAGCCUUCAUACCAUAUUCCAGGCUACAGCAAACAUCUUAUGUGUUUACUUCUGGGCCAGGAUGGGACUGUGGGUUAUACAGGUUCAUUUUUCUGGUUUUUCUAACGUUUUCUUCAGAAUGCGGACUGGCCUUUCUUGGAGCUUCUCUUUCCUUAUCUUUAACCAGUAUUUGGUGUUGCCGUACUUUAUGAUUUUGCCAGUUCAUUGUGUAUAAAGCACCGCAUACUUUAAUAUCCUUUAUCUGAUUCACCAUUUCUUAUCCACGUUCCCCUUCUGGUUAUCUUUGUUAACUGCUUGCUUUCAUGUGUGUUUCUUGUGAGGCUUGCUUUUGUGUGUGUUUCUUGUGAAUUGCUUAUGUUCUGGGCAAUUGCAAAUAGCCUUCAGAAUAGCACUUUGUGUAUUCAGGGGAUUUUCACCAAGCAGACAUUCUUAAUUUUAAUGUAGACGUUGGCUUUGGUCGAAGGUCUGUUGCUUUUUUUUUCUUCUUAGAGAAAAUGAGAAAGAACUUCGAGAGUGGGAGGGCUCUAGCGGGAAUCUCAGGAUUGAUACCUUUGGAUUUCUAAACUAGUUAAGAAACUUCCAUUUUCUUCUGUUAGCUUGCUAGUUUUUUGUUCUUUUAUCUCUCUCAUAUUGAGAUCACUAAACGAGAAUGGAGUUCUAGCUGGUCUGCCGUGGUGUGGUGUGGGUGCUGCUGUUCUGAGCUCUCAGCUCUGGCUCUCCCUGGUUGCAGCUAGGCUGUACUGGAUCCUGACUAUCGUACAUCACUUCUGAACCACCUGAAACGCACCUUGUUUGGGAGAGCAAGUUUAUUUUGUAUUUUAUUAUAAUGAGCCAGUUUUCUAAGCUUUGUCUACUAAAAAAAAAUUAAUCUACUAAUAUAUAGUCCUACUUUCACAAAAAUAUGUCAACUUCUUAAAUUUUUUUGUAAGAAUGUUUUUCCUUUGAAUUUUUAACAUUAAAAUACUCUGUGAAAUGGCAUAGCUUCCAGGUUUCUCGGCCCUCGUGUGAGGAUUAAUGAAUCUGGACACAUUGCUGUUAUGUAUUCAGUCUCGGCUAAUAAAGGGAGAUGCCUGUAACU